AACACUUGUUCCUUCUCUCAAUUUCAAAUACGACGAUCUCUUCGAUGCUUGCUCUUCCUUUCUCCUUCUUCAUUCCCUUCUGAUUCUGCUAUUUCUUAGUCUCGGAUCUCUGGUUUUUCUUCGUGUUUUGUGUGUCGGAUUUGUUCAUUUAGAGGAUACAUAUCUGUUUGGAGUGGAUCCAUUCAAAAGUAAUUGAAGAAAUCAACUCAAAGAAUGGCUUCAAUAUCUCAUUCAUCACUAGCAUUAGGAGGAGCUUCUUCUGCUUCUGCUUCGGAUUACUUGCGUAGUUCGAGCAAUGGUGUUAAUGGGGUACCAUUGAAAACCUUAGGAAGAGCAGUGUUUACUACCAUCAGAAGGAAGGACCUGGCGGUGACAUCUAGGCUCAAGAAAGGUAAGAAAUUUGAGCAUCCAUGGCCUGCGAAUCCUGACCCGAAUGUGAAAGGAGGUGUCUUGUCGUAUCUGUCCGAGUUCAAACCUUUGGGGGAUACUCAAAAGCCUGUCACUUUGGAUUUCGAGAAACCACUAGUCGAAUUGGAGAAGAAGAUUGUCGAUGUGAGGAAGAUGGCGAAUGAAACCGGGUUAGACUUCACUGAGCAGAUUAUCACUUUGGAGAACAAGUAUAGACAGGCACUGAAAGAUCUUUACACGCAUCUCACUCCAAUACAACGUGUGAACAUUGCGCGCCAUCCCAACCGACCUACUUUCCUUGAUCAUAUACAUAACAUCACUGACAAGUUUAUGGAGCUUCAUGGAGACCGAGCGGGGUAUGAUGACCCUGCAAUUGUGACCGGUAUUGGAACCAUCGAUGGAAAACGUUACAUGUUCAUAGGUCACCAGAAAGGUAGAAACACCAAAGAAAAUAUAAUGCGUAACUUUGGUAUGCCUACUCCUCACGGAUAUAGGAAAGCACUUCGGAUGAUGUAUUAUGCAGACCAUCACGGUUUUCCAAUCGUGACAUUCAUCGACACUCCUGGAGCCUAUGCAGACCUUAAAUCCGAGGAACUCGGACAGGGUGAAGCGAUUGCCAACAAUCUGAGAACGAUGUUCGGCCUGAAAGUGCCAAUUCUUUCUAUUGUUAUUGGGGAAGGUGGUUCUGGUGGUGCUUUAGCCAUUGGCUGUGCUAAUAAAAUGCUGAUGCUCGAAAACGCAGUUUUCUAUGUUGCCAGUCCAGAGGCCUGUGCAGCGAUUUUGUGGAAGACUUCCAAGGCUGCUCCUGAGGCUGCUGAAAAGCUUAGAAUUACCUCCAAGGAGCUGGUCAAGCUUAAUGUAGCUGAUGGAAUCAUUCCUGAACCGCUUGGCGGGGCCCAUGCUGAUCCUUCAUGGACGUCGCAGCAGAUAAAGAUUGCUAUCAAUGAAAACAUGAAUGAAUUCGGAAAAAUGAGUGGGGAGGAGCUCCUGAAGCACAGGAUGGCUAAGUACCGAAAGAUUGGAGUGUUCAUAGAAGGUGAAACAAUAGAGCCGAGUAGGAAAGUCAACAUGAAGAAGAGGGAAGCCGUGUUCUCAGAUAGCCGGAAGCUGCAGGGGGAGGUUGACAAGCUGAAGGAGCAGAUUCUGAAAGCCAAAGAGACGUCUUCAGAAGACGAGCCUUCGAGUGAAGUUCUUAAUGAGAUGAUUGAGAAACUCAAAUCCGAGAUAGAUGACGAGUACACUGAAGCUGCCAUUGCAGUAGGUUUGGAGGAGAGACUAACGGCGAUGCGCGAAGAGUUCUCGAAAGCAAGUUCAGAAGAGCAUCUUAUGCACCCGGUUCUGAUCGAGAAAAUUGAGAAGCUCAAGGAAGAGUUCAAUACCCGUUUGAUUGACGCGCCUAACUACGAGAGCCUAAAAUCUAAGCUUAACAUGCUGAGGGACUUUUCCAGAGCCAAAGCAGCAUCAGAAGCUACUUCAUUGAAAAAGGAGAUCAAUAAGCGGUUCCAGGAAGCUGUAGACCGUCCUGAAAUUAGAGAAAAGGUUGAGGCAAUCAAAGCUGAGGUCGCGAGCUCAGGAGCUUCAUCUUUUGACGAGUUACCUGAUGCAUUGAAAGAAAAAGUUCUGAAGACUAAAGGGGAGGUCGAAGCAGAGAUGGCGGGUGUGUUAAAGUCAAUGGGUCUGGAGCUUGAUGCUGUGAAACUGAAUAUGAAGGAUCCGGCUGAGCAGACCUUUGCCGCAAACGAAAACCUUCAAGAAAAACUUGAAAAGCUGAACCAAGAAAUCACCAACAAGAUUGCAGAGGUGGUGAGGACACCAGAGAUCAAGAGCAUGGUCGAGUUGCUGAAAGUGGAAACCGCAAAGGCGAGCAAAACGCCUGGUGUCACCGAAGCAUAUCAGAAGAUCGAGGCACUUGAGCAGCAGAUCAAGCAGAAGAUUGCAGAGGCUCUGAACAUGUCCGGACUGCAGGAAAAGCAAGAGGAGCUCGAGAAGGAGAUUGCAGCUGCACGUGAACUGGCUGCAGAGAAUUCAGACGGGAGUGUGAAGGAAGAUGACGACGACGACGAAGAUAGUUCAGAAUCCGGGAAAUCGGAGAUGGUUAACCCCAGCUUCGCCUAAAGCACAAAACAAGACAUUGUUUGAUCUUGAAGCUCUUCUGAUUUCCCUGGUAAAGAGGCUAUAUCCUCCACGAUCUGAAGCAAAAAGAAACAGAUAAACUCCGGUGGAGGAACAGCAAUUUAAAGACCUUGCUUUCUCUAGUUUAGCUUCUGGAACAUGAUUUCUGGAUUGGAUUGGAACAAGCGUUUGAAGUUGACUUUUGUCUUUGGAUUCAUUUCUGUAUUGUUAUGUCUUGUUUCGUUAGAAUACUAGUUUUUGUCUUUGACAUACGUAACACUUUUCACUCCUCUUCUGGUCAAUCCUUUGAUAUUUAUAAAAUUUGUCUAAAUAA